GCCUUGGUGCCAGCGCCGCCAGCCAUGGCCACCGCUCCGUUCUCUCAAGUGCGCCAGAACUACCACCCCGAAUGCGAGGCCGCCAUCAACAGCCAGAUCAACCUGGAGCUCUACGCCUCCUACGUGUACCUGUCGAUGGCCUUCUAUUUCGACCGCGCCGACGUGGCCCUGGAGAAUUUCUCCAAGUUCUUCCUGCGCCGGUCCCACGAGGAGAGCCAGCAUGCCGAGAAGCUGAUGCAGCUGCAGAACCAGCGUGGGGGCCGCCUCCGCCUCCGCGACAUCAUGAAGCCUGACUGCGACAACUGGGAGAACGGUCUCAACGCCAUGGAGUGCGCCUUUCACCUGGAGAAGAGCAUGAACCAGAGCCUGCUCGACCUGCACCAGCUGGCCACCGACAAGAACGACGCCCAUCUGUGCAGCUUCCUGGAGACCAACUACCUGCACGAGCAAGUCCUGGCCAUCAAAAAGCUGGGGGGCUACAUCACCAGCCUGCGCAAGAUGGGGACCCUGGAAGAUGGCUUGGCAGAGUACCUCUUUGACAAGCUCACCCUGGGCAACAGCGACAAGAACUGAGUUGGGACUGCCUUCCCAUAGCCACAGGGUGCAUGGUAACUUCCCCUGGUCACCAUGCCGAGCAUGCAUUUUGCAGU